AUGAGCAUACGAAGCCAUUGUUCCCCUAUUCUACUUACCAACAGGGAUUUCUCGAGGAUUUCCGCAGAACUGAAAGGUUAUUUAAGAAUAUAUACUAGUGACGCAAACUUGUCCUUCUUCUUAACUGGAUUUUAUUUUAAAUAACACUCAAAAUAGCUGAUGAAAGCAGUAAGUGUGUUGGAAUUAAGGUUCGUCUUGACCUUUAUGUGGGAUGUGAAAAGAGCUAAUCUAUUUAAUUAUACAAUACAAAGAGAUCAGCCAGACCAGAGAGAAACAUUUCUUUGACGUCGUCUCGGUAUGACUCCCGUUUUUUAUGUGCUUUAAGUAGUUUAUCCAAAUAUGUUUCUUCCUUGCGUACUACCGCCUUAUCUAAAGGCUAUCCACUUUUCUGGGCUGCGACAACUUGGCCAUAAUGAAACAAUCUUUCUUGUGUUUAUAUCAAUAAAAUACACUGAGUAUUUAGCAUGCCACCGAAUUUAAAUUCUAAUGGCCAUCUUACGAUUCCUACAAAUGAUACGCCAGUUACUUUGAUAAAAUGUUACAAGAACUACUCUCCUAACUCUCGGAAAUGACUAUUUUCGAAUCCCCCAUAAUACAUUCUGUUCCUCUCUCCCCUCCCUGUUUUCUUAAGCUGUUCACUGUUUUUAGAACUGAAAGAGCAUUUAAUAAUUUCGAAUGACGGUCAAACUACAUUUCGCCCCAUGUAAGUACCGAAUCCGUUUUCCGGAAUCCGGGAAAAUUUGUUUGUGGAAUCCGGAAUCAGAUGGGUUGUGGAACCGGCAAUACAGCUCAAGGAAUCCGGAAUCUUACUUACAACUGGAAUCCAGCAACGAAGUUCCACUUCCAAAGGCUGGAAUCCAUGCAGUACCUGAUGAGGCUGGGCUCUUGACACGCGCUUAGUGCCAAUAGAUCAAGCUAUCAGUUUUACCGCCUCACUUAAAUCGGUCUCUCAGUUUUAAUUUUUAAAACUUCCAUUCAAUAUUACUCAAGUUUAAAAUCUAAGUUUUAGCAGCUGAGGGUGCAGGCGAGUAUCAGAAGUUGGCUUCUCAUGGCUUAGUCCCUGUUCGUGAUACGCCGGUUAUUUAAAUUUUGUAUGUGACCACUUGAAAUUAAAAUAAUAUUAUAGAUUACUAGCAACUUCGUUCGCGUGUAAUUAAGGUUUAAACAUGAUUACCGCAUUGGCUUCUACGCGAGUGAGUUCGCCUUCUCGUAGGCCGUACAUGAAAAUACUAAAUAGGUUUCGUUCAUUAUAUGUUGGUCCAGUUAGUUUUGUGGCGUGCAUGUAGUUACGUAAUAUGUAGGAGAUAUCGAUACAGCAGGUAUGAGCGACUAUUCGGCAGAAGUCGAUAUAUGUUAAAUGCAUCACAUUGACAAUUAAGUUAUUCAAACUAACUACAGUCAGUUUUUAUCAAUUUAAAAAAGGCAUUUGAUGUCUACGGACAUUCGAUCGCCAUUUGAGUGAUCGACUGUUCAAGCUACAAAGCUAAUAUUAUCCCCCUAAGCUCGUAAAUGCUAGGAGACGAUCUGAAGUUUGACGGUGAUUAUAAUUAGUUCAAGAGCGCUACCUAGGGAUGGAAAACAUGCUGUUGGAAUCAUCUUGUAUUGUCCCUCCAUGUUUUUCAAUUCUAUGUAUUCUGUUACUAUGUAUUAACAGUGUCAGUUGUUGCCGUAGGGUAACCAUGUUACUACGUUGCCCGUAAUAGUCCCACUCCCCUGUAAAAGACAGUUUUUCACUGAGAUCUCCAUCCCUUUGGUCGAUUCGGAGUUUUCCAACAGCAGUGUGGGUUCAUUUUAAUGGGUUGCGAGCGAUGAGGGUCCCUCCCAGAUUCCCUACCAAGCGUUCCUGGAUUUAAUUUAUGGAUGCCCGAAGGGGCUUCACCUAGCUAAAGUGGCUAAUACAAUAGAGUUUUCAGAGAAAAUGCGCUGUUCUUUAGACACUUUAAAAACCUUAUAAUGAAAUUAAAAACGAAAAAAGUGAGCUUUUCAAGUAAAUUAAAUGUUUAUUUUAUCGAAAGUCUUUAUUGCUCUCCCGAUUAACUGCCAGAGGCAAUCUUUCCUUCAGGAAGUCCAAGGUAAAGUACAGUUCCUAUUAACUUUUCAAUUAAUUCAAACCUUAUCUUUGUUCUGUCACGUUUUUCUCACAUUUGUUUUGACGAUCACUCGUUUUAGAUGCAUUUAAAAGAAACCAUAAAUGGUUUAAUAACCACACCCUGGGGCAUGACUCAAUAGAAAUAAAUAAGUGCUUCACAGUAAAUACACAUGGCCAUGCACCUGUGGUAACAGUUUAAGGGAGGCAGAUAUAUUUCCUGAAAAAUAAGAGCGAGACUGAGUGUCCUAAAUUGCAGGCCGACAGUCGGAAGAGCGCAUGCGCGUAUGCCAAGCUUUUGUCAGAGAAUGGGGGGCUUUGGAAAAUCCAAAAUUUGGAUCUUAUUACGAUUUGUGUCAACAACCGAAACGACAAAUCCGUAAAAAGACUUUUAAGCAUGCAUGUCAUCAGCGCAGAUGGAACCUGGCAAACGUCUCGUUUUUUACAUGAAAAACGCCUGUUAAAUGUAUAUGAUCUCGGAUCGGUACCUGGGGAAUUCGAAAUGCAAGGAUAGUAAAUUCUAAACAUCAGUUUUUCAGUGAUGAAAUCCACUCGAAGUAUGGGUUUUUUAGAUUCACAACCCACUUUCAUGAUUUUUGAAAAGUCUUUCCGAUUCGGAAUAGGGAUUGGAGUUUUGCUCAAGAGGUACAACAACGCGCCAGUAAAAGCUGGUGUCAAGUUGCGAGGUAAAAACUUGGGCUUGGGGGGGAAAACUUUGACUGGGGCUCUGCGACAUGUAUAACGUAUUCUACAGACUACUAUCAACGUCUUACUUUAGAAAGCUGGUUUACUAACUUAGAACAAACGCCACUGAAUCGUACCCAACAGUUACCAGCACCGUACAAACGACUUAUUGACGAGAUCAAGCAAAACUAACUACGAGAGAACGACUGGAGAAGUGACAAUUUGACUAACAAUAGACGACUGUUUAACUGUGACAAUAGACGGAUCGAAACGCAUCAAUUACUGAUUACGAGUCUUCAUAGCCAAUAACAUCACGGCUUAACUGACAGACGACCAAUAACAUCGCGACGUUAUUGACCAAUCAGAUCAAUAACCAGAGUAUAAUACCAUCAACUGACGUGAUACAACUCACUUUGACUCUGAAGAUGACUACAGCACAGGUUGUCGAAAUGUCAGUCACUGUCAACAACAACAGUCCUAUUCAGGACUUCGUUCACCCGGACAAUCAAAUUCAACCUACUUUUGAAAACUUUGUUCAUAUAUCCACCCUGAAAGGACAAGCGUAACUUCGUUCUCAGGGCUUUCUCUGUUGCUUCAAGGCGAGAGAGAACUCUGGGAACGAGCUGUUGCUCAAUCGAGUUGCCGGUCUGACACUGGUCAAUUCGGUUUUUAGUUUUAGAUGUGCGCGUUGUCGUUACUUGUGUCGCCUCGUCGUUACUUGGCUGAUCGUUAAUAAAAAUUAAAUGAGCGUAGGUCAUCACACGCAACAUGAACGGCGUCUUAAUUCAAGUUUCGAGCUUGCUUUAAAUUACCUAUCAUGGCAAUUAGCUAAGUUUUACGAUUUUGUUUGUCUUCCUGUUUUCUUUCAUGCCGCGAAAAAAGUGCACCUAAAGGCGAUGAUGACCUUCUGUUUAAAUGCUAAUAGUAGAAUCAUAACGGGAUCGUUUUAAGUUCAAACUCUGAAAAAGAAGGUAACGAUACAUUAUUAGUAUACUUCAUUUUCAAAGCACUAUCGUCAUCAGGUCGUCAUAAUUCUGAGUUCCGCAUCAAAACGUGAUAUGUCUUAGACUGAUUAUUGUUUGAUUUGACUUUUUAAUAACCUAUUUGAACACCACGUUGUUUCACUUUCUCACAAUUGUAAAUGCGUAAUCGCUCUUCCAAAAUCAAAAUACUUUAAGGCACUCUCUAUUCCCGGUCAAGCCCGAAUUUUUCAGGUUCUUUAUCAACCACUUAAGUUGUUCAUUCUAACGCGACGAAGUUCAUGUCCCCUUUAUUAAGACACUCUGUUGACCUAUGUAUCACCUCCAGUAACAAAAGAGAAAAUGGAUUGUGCCUCUCCAGAUGUGGAUGGUACAUGAUUCUCAAUAAAGAUUUCAAGAAAGAAACGUGCUGAAAUGACGUCAUCCCCACGUGAUGUGACGCCAAUGCGUCAGGCUAAGUACCCAAUUAUGACUUAUUUGCACACAUUAGAAAUUUUCCCAUUUGGGACAACAUCUGAGCUAUUUUCAGCAUUUCGAGAAAAUUUCAGGCGAAGAGUGUUUUCUAUGAACUUUUAAACCCAAAGCUGUAAGCUGCUCUAACGGCCUCUUCGAUUCUUUAUUAUGCUAUUUUGUGAUCACACGUAAGAACCCGUUGAAAUAUUUUUCAGCAACAUAGAUUGUAAGAUUAUAACUUUUCACUUUAGUGAGCACAUGUGAGCUCUAAACAUUUCAGCGUACUUUGAGCGUUUUUAAGCCCUUUUUUGGCAUUUUUUUUCGAAAAAAAAUUGUGAUUUAACCACUUAAAAUUACCAAGGGAAUCUAAAUAUGGUCAACAACCUUGUGUCUGCCUGUCUAAGUUCUCAGACAGCUGCGGAUAUAGGAGGGUACAGGGGGGCUCACUUUUGAUGAGCGCUCCCCCUUCCUUCUCACCCUCAUCUCACAUGAAGAGCUGGAUCUGUUGCUGUGCUAGUCUCGGAGAGAAAGAGCCUUAGCACAGUUGGAACGAAAGCAUAAUUAAAUAACAGAACAACAUAUGGAUGUUUGAGAAUGGAUUUCUGGAUUCCUUUUUCUUUUUUGAAAGGCCCUGCUAAUUAAAUACGGGAUAGAUCGAGUGGGAUAACCAACUUCUUCACUCCAACAUAAGUUUACGAAUGAUAAAUUACUUCUGCAUCUUGUAGUUAAUUGAUGCCCAGGGGAAUAAUCACCACAAUGGCCUACUCACAGGGACGCUCCGCCCUCAAAGGGUUCCCUUUUUCAGGCCCUCAGGUAUAAAGAAAAGUUACUGAGGAUUUUACCAGUCAAAACACAUGAAAGAAUAGGGAAAUCUGUCAUUUCGGUAGUAAAAAUGCCCCAAAGCCCCACCGCCAAAAUUUUUUCCGAACUCGCGUAGUUGCCCGAGAGGGUACUGUUAGAAUUCUUGGUGGCUGCCGCCCGGUUCUCAGAAUCCUGACCCUAUUUCAGACGAAAAAAUGUCAUUUUUCACACCCGUUUUCAGAACUGGUCUUUAAGAAAUUAUGUCAUCAUUACUUAGGUUUAGAACAACAACAACAAAAAAGAUUUCUUAACUGAAAUUCAUUUGGAAUUCGCACGUUUGUUUUUCUUUCUUACUCUUUCGGAAUUGAAACGAUAAAUACGUCCAUACAAACCCGUAGGUCUCUCGAAAACCAUACCCGAUUCCAGAUCAAAAUAGGACUUAUACCCGUUUUCACACCAAAACGGCUCCAAAACCAUGCCCUUUGGGGCGGCACAUUCAUAUAUGACUUAUAUAAGAGAGUAUACCCUCCUCCCUACCCCGCCGGGCAAAAGUGAGCCUGCUUACAGGCAGGAAACAAGCUGAGUGAACAAGAGUUUCCGUGCCACUGCGGUCUCUAAAUGCAAUCAGAGUCAUCCCCAGUCUGGCCCAGCUGAUACGGAUGUAUGGCUUGUUGUGAGAUAUCGGCUGUGUUGAGGAAAUAACUCAUUACGGGUUUUGUAAUUUGCUUUUCCUAGUGUAUCACUGCACGUCGAACUCAAACUUAUAUAUAACGGGUGGAAUGGUUUUAUUCAUAUUCACUGUAGCUUUCGGGUAAUUUUUCCUCAGAAAAUAUAGCAUUUCGUUUAUGUUAUCUCAUUUUAUUUCAUUUGUUUUUUGGAUCUUUUUACAAUAACUUUCAUUGUUCCUUCCAACUUUUGAUUAACUCGUUUUUCACUCUUUUGGUGCUAAAAAAAACAUUGCAUGGGACUGGGCAAGUUCAACUAUCGCCCGAUCAUUUUAUCGCGACUGGGGUUGUAUGUUUUACCAAGGGGAGAGAUUUAAAAGGAUCUGAGAAUCAUGAUCAUUUAUCUGGACUGUCUUCAGCAGUAUUUUUUAUCCAGAUUGAUUUCCGUUUGGAUUGAAUGCCGCAGCUUUGCGGACAGCAAAGUUGCUACUUUGUUUCUAAACAACAGAGAAAUUUUUCGGUCGUUAUGAGUGGAAGUGUUUACCCUCGAAACGGGAAAUUGCCUUCUCUACGGCAUAUUGACUUACCAAGCUGAUAUUCAAAGAAAUUUGCAUAUGAACAUAUAUAACAGAAUAUAAAAACAAAGCAAGCAAGCAAUACUCAUUAAGAAAACUGCGCGAUGGCUUUUUUUCCAUGUAUUUUAGAGAUUUAGAUGUGAACAGGUGCUUGAAAUGAAAAUGCGUCAGCCGUUUAAAUGACGAAGCCAGUGAUCGACCGAAAUCGAAAUAAACUAUAAUAGUAGAUCGAAUUGACAAGUAGAAAUUUUUUUAAGUUAGUGAAACAAAGGAAAGGCAAAUUAUGCUCUUCUUGUUUAUCAAGACGGUCAUUUCAUGCGGAUUCAACAACACUGAUAACUUUUUUUAAAAAUCAAUCUCUGGGGAGCCACCCCCGCUCUAUUGAUUUUCGCGUUUAACGCGUUUCACUUUGGAUUAACUCAUCGUUUUUUUAAUUCAGUCUUCUGCUCAUAUGUUUUUUUUUUACAAAACAUAUUAGAAGAUGCUGAAUAAUGAUGUAGAUUAAUAAAUCAUGCAUGCAUCGAGUUUACUUAAAGAAAAUGUGGCAAUAAGAAAUUAAGCUAAUAUAUUUUUUUAGUGCUUUUUUUUUCCGCUUAAUCCUACAUCAUCGCACCGUAUGUUUUUUUGGCCGCUGUAGAUUAGUGCUUGACUUUACAUAAUUAAUCUGUGCAGUUUAGACGGGUUGCAUUGAGGUAUGACGCAGGGUAAGAAAACGAAAGAGUAGGAAAUAAUUUAGGCUGUUUCGGUAAAUGAUCGUGACUUUAGUUGCAGAAGCCAAAUUGAGUCGUGCUUGCGUACUCGACUUUCGAAACCGCAAGAACUUUAGCGGGUUCUACACGGUUAACGGCGAAAAAUGGAUUCGUAACGUUUCUCAAACGUUGUAGCUCCAUUCCUUUCACGUUUUUAAAGACCUCUCGACGUGGAAAUCUUGUGCGAAAGUGCCAACUGGUAUCCGGCUGUUUCAGUUAUGUUCAAUCUGUCUGAAUGUAAUAAGUAAGGUCUUUCAAUCCCAUCUGCUUACGUUAUUCAUCUCCGUUAAAGUGCUUAGCUGUUAAAAAUAGCCGCUAUCUAAUAUAUAGUCUCUUACUUAGCUUCUCGAUUAUAAGCCUGCUGGCCUGUCAAAAAUCAAUUAGAAUCAUUAAAAUGGCGAAGAACGGGUCUUUUUUUUGUGUGUGCAGUCUUGAAAGCUCUAUCACGGUAGAACUGUACUUAUGUUUCAACUCUAGAAACGAAAUACGGAAGGACUUUAACAUUUUAAUCUUUUUUAAACGUGUUUGUGAAUUUUGAUAUCGGCUGUCGAUCAUACUCACUGGCUGACUUGACUGACACUUACUUGGUGAAACAAAUAUUUGUUGAACACGUGACUAGCGCCGAGUUCAGCAUAAAUAUAGCUUUUAACUUUUAAGUCGGUGAAUUGAAAAGACAAAUACUUAAUUAAAGAGGAAAUAUUAAAAAUCGAGGGAUGAUGAAUUGUUUAUCUGAGAAUUUCGGGGUCAGGACCGAACGGAAAGAGAAGACUGCGAUAUGAAAGCCCUCGGUUCAAUAUCCGGGACUCUUCGUUCCCAGCGUCCGUGUCGGCCGUGGUUUGCCGAAUGUGCGGGCGUGGUUCUGGUUGGUUGUUGCGAUAAAAGCGAAGUGGAGCGCCAUAAACGCGUAGAAAAACCGGAUAAAAACGUUCAUGGCGAAGUCGUGAAACACUUUAACACAUGUUUAUUGGUUAGAAACAGCGCCGAGAGUCAGAUCGCAACUAUUGGGCUUCUCGCUGUGUGA